UACAGUUUCUCCAACAACAACAACCUAGGACUGCGUAGUCUUACGCGCAAUCGUCGGCCUGCUGCCGCCUGCGUCGAUUGGGAUAUUGGCUUCGAACCCGCGAUUUCUACUAAUUGCCCGACCGCCAACCCCGCGCAAUCGCCGCAUAUUUGUCUACCUGGAGGCAGUGACCGCGGCGUGUGCGGGCUGCCAGAUGAGAGUAUGGCAGCUGUGUCACAGACCGCGACAACCUUCACGCGGCCUACAAGCUCCCAUGGGACUGGCUACCCGUGGGAUGUCCCCAUGACGGGCCAAACAGAGCCUAUACAAGACAACAAAGGGCCCGCAAACGACGAAAAUUCUAAUCCGUCUAGUCGACCUCCUAUGACGCCUCAGAAUGGGAAUUCAAGUCUGUACAACAACUCUGCGAGCCUAGAACUCGUUUCGCGCAAGCACACCAACGGCGAGACUGGCUCCGAAAUGAAGCCCAGAAACUUCGAACCAAGCUAUGUAUCGCAAUCCCAUCACAAGGACAUCAAGCCUCGAGGGGCCGUCAAAGACAACGAAAGCCCCGCCGAUAGCUUGCUGGACCUAUAUGGCGCUGGAAAGGGCGAUCGGCCCGAUGAAGCUCGCAAGAAAGGAGCUAGCGAUCUCUUUCCAGGUGACAACAACGAAGACAACUCAAAAUGGAUCCACAGAGACAAGUUAGCAAAGAUAGAGAGUGAGGAGCUGCAGGCCGCAGGGUUUUUCCUGCCCAAAACAAGAGAGAGGGCGAGAUCCAAGAGUCAAAACCGAGCGAGGCGAGACCAGAGCCAAGAUAAAUCUAAUGGGCAGGGACGGGCUGCCGGUGCCGUGGAUCAGAUGACGGCACAAUCUAGGAAGAACUCAGCGGCCGCAGUUGAACCAAGGACCCCGGACGCGGCCUCGGUUCCCAGCUGGGACCUGAGACUGCCCGAGGAGGCUGCCGAAGAGGGCUACUUUGUUUCUAAUGGGGUGGGCAAGGGUCUGUCACGGAUUCCGGUUGCCAAGGCAAGCCCUGUACCCAUACCAAGUGAGCAUCUCGAACGGGACACGCUUUUGGUCCGAAAACGGGACCACAGCCCUGGCGAAGAUGACGGGCUGAGUCUGCCAAGGACGCGGGCAAGGAGUGGCAGCACAGGAAAUCCGAUUGCAAGAGCAACGACCAACGGACCCUCUCACACCACCGCCCAACCGAAUAAGAGGAACGAUGCGUCACCCAAGAAGGGAUCAGCUAUUACAGCACCUAGGAAACCGUCCGCCAUCAAGCCAGCAACCGGUCCCGCAGGCCGACCACGAACCCGUGGCGGUCCCAGCAAGGACUCUACUAGCAGUGGGGGAGGGACAACGCGACCAUCGACAAGGUCCGGAGAACGCGAGCUAUCUCUUGGCUCGAGUAGCAAGCAGAUGGAGGGGGAACCUCCUUGGAUGGUCUCGGCAUACAGACCGGAUCCCCGCCUGCCACCCGACCAGCAAUUACUGCCGACUGUAGCCAGACGGUUACAGCAGGAGAGGUGGGAGCGGGAAGGGAAAUUUGGGAAUGUCUACGACAAAGAGUUUAGGCCACUCACCGACGAAGGCUUCUUAAAGCCCCCAGAAUUUGAGGCCUCGACGGAGGAGGCCGACAGAGACGACCAGAGGUACGAUCAGAAUGACGACCAGGCUGAUUGGCCCCUUAAGACGGAGUCGAGGAGCCCAAAUAUGCCUGGAAGGGCCGGCUCGUAUUCGACAAUGCCCAAGAUCACCGACUUGCCAGCCAUGAGCCCUUUGCCCAGCCCAAGAACACCAGUACAACAGCCCCCACCCCAGCCGACCCCAGCGAUUAGGGUGCCGGCACCACCAGAGGAGCCACUUCAAAAGAAGGACGGAUGCGGGUGCUGUGUGGUCAUGUGAGAACCCUACACGGACCUCUUUUUCCCUACGAUUUCGCGCAGGAGACAAGACGGCAGCGCCGUUUAAACAGAACU